AUGGAAAAAGCUGGGCCCAAUUCAAGGAUGCAGGCUGACAUCAUUACAAGGCUUCUAUCAUCCAUGAAAGAUCACAGCGAACAGCGUACAGGGUUUCUAAGGACUAGAAAAGGCAAAUGCAAUGCCCAUUUUCAAGAAAGACCCAGGAAACUACAGGCUGCUCAGACCAACCUCAAUCUCAGGCAGAUUAUGGAACAAACUGUCCUAGAAGCCAUGUCCAGACAGUGUGCAUUCACCAAGGGGAAACUGCCUGACCAACCUGCUUCUGUGAUGAAACGGCUGCCUUCAGGGCCCUGCGUCUGCGGGCAAUGUGAAUUCCUUGCAGAAAGACCACGCGAGUUCCUGAUCCAGGCGCUGGAAAGGGUGAAGGCUGGACCCCGAGCCGAGGGGCAGUACCCGCACCUCAUGGACGAGGCCAACCUGGCCGCCAUGUUCCGCUUGCUGGACGUGGUGGGCCAGGGCCGCGUAACGCCAGCGCAGUACCGGGAAGCUCUUAAAACUUUGGGACUGAGCACUGAAGAUCUGCAGUUUGGAGAUGAUGUGAAUAUCACACUGGAUGUAUUCAAGGAAGGAGUGAAGAAGAGGAUGCUGGAGAGCUGGGCUGGGUAUUAGCUUGAGCAGUGGUCUGCUACAUAUAUUAGAAAUAGGCAUCUUGCUCCAGAUCUGGUUUGUCAGCUGUGGAUGGCCAAUACUCAUUCCCUCCCCCUCUAAGCAAUCAGCUGAAAAGGACAAACGACAAAGAACUUGUUCACACUUAACAGGCCCUAGAAGGGUAUUUUUUGAUAAUUGAUUUUCUUAAUGCAAGUAGAUGGUUUAAAAAAAAAAAAAAAAGAAAUCUUAUUUACACAACUAAAAUAAUGUUUU